GUCCAAGAAGGCGACGGGGAUCCGACUUAGCUUUCCCCGUCCGUCCAGUCCACCCACCGACCGACACAUGGAGGCCACCGCCGGCGGCAGCGCUGGCCUCGGGCUCAUCGACGGCGACGGCGACGGCGACGACGCGGCGUCUUCCUCGAGGGGAGCGGGAUCAUCCGGGUGUUGGGCCGUGGGCGCGGUGUGCGGGGGGCUGGUCUACUACCACUGCGCGGUGCGGCGGGCCAGCGCGGUGUCCCUCGCCGCCGACGUGCUCCUCGUCCUCCUCUGCUCCCUCUCCAUCCUCGGCCUCCUCUUCCGCCACCUGCACAUAACGGUGCCUGUGGAUCCUCUUGAGUGGCAGAUUUCUCAAGAGAUGGCAAAUAGCAUAGUUGCGUCCUUGGCUAACACAAUUGGAGCUGCAGAGUCUGUAUUGAGGGUGGCUGCAACUGGACAUGACAAGAAACUCUUGCUCAAGGUGGUUUUUACCCUGUAUUUCCUAGCAGCUUUGGGAAGGGUUGUCUCAGGCGCUGCGGUUGCCUAUGCUGCUCUAUGCAUCUUCUGCCUCUACAUGUUUGUGCAAAGCACCGACCUGUUUGAUCAGCUCCCUUCUUGGGUUCCCGUGGGAAGAGACUCUCUAGGCGGCGCUCAGGACACCACAUGAUUCCCUCAGUGUACAUGUUCUGCUGAUCCAUUUUCCUUCUUUGGAUUUCUGUAUAUGCCCCUGGAGGCCAGUAGCUUGAGCUGUAGCCGGUGUUCUGAAAUUCUCUAGGCAGAUGAGGAUUAGUCAGGCUCGGCGGCUCCCUAGGCAGCCGUCCGGCCAGAUGGUGGUGCCUAAUGCCUCGGCGACCGCCUUGUUAGGAGCCUGUAUGUCUUGCAGCUGUACCUGAUGUUGACUAAACUCUGAUGUACCCCUGUUCAUGUGUAACAUCCAACUGCAACACGCAAGUUUUAUUUUUCUCUAGGACUGCAUUUGCAUACUGGAUUCUGAAGAUUAUGGCUUGACAAAUGUAGAACUUUUUUGAAACUCAAAUUCAGAAUAAAGCACAACCAAAA